AUGUUUAGGAAAGAUAUUAAAAAGAUUUACUUAAAAAAUCAUCUUAAUAAAAUAUAUAUUGUAAAAAGACAAAAUGAAAAUAAAAUUAUUGAAGAAAAAAAAAGCAGUGUUUUGUAUAAAGACUUUAAAGAGUUUAUACUUGUUUUAAUAAAUAUAAGAAAAUAUGAGAAAACAUUAAAAAAGUUAAAGGGUAAUAAAGAGAGUUGUGAAUUUUCCAAAGUGUUACAAGAAUAUUUGGAUUUUUAUUUGUCAACGUUUGGAUAUAAAUUUCAUACCUUUAUAUUGGAAUAUAAAAAUGGUGAUGAAAUAAAUGAUCCUAAUAAUUGUUAUGUUAUAAAUAAAUUAAGAAAGAAUGAUAUUGAAAAAAUAGUAAAUAAGGAAUAUUCAAGAAUAUUAUUUAAAUAUGAUAGUAUUAAAUAUGUACUAUAUUAUAUUAAGAAGCAUACAUUAUUAUUCCAAACAUUUAAUUGUCAUUUCCAAAAAUUAUUAAUAAAUUAUUUAUUUGUUACAUUGAAUCCUUUAAAUGUUCUCAUUUUUGUUUAUUUAAAAUUAUAUCAUAAUGAUUACAAAACAAAUGUUGUUUCAAAAAGCGAUGAUAAGAUAAAAAAUAAAGAUAUGUAUGAUGAAAAAAUAAAUGAUAUUCUACCUAUAUGUGAGAACAAACCUAUAUCUGAAAAUAAUAAUGAAAAUCACAACGACUUGCAAAAUGCUGAGGUUAUCUCCGACACCAUAUUACAUAAAAAUGAAAGACUUAAUUGUAGUAAUCUUUUUUGUGAUGAAAUAUAUUGGUUUAUAUGUUUUUUUGGAGAUUAUAUUAUGAAGUAUAAUAUAAUUAGAUGUUAUCGGGAGAUAUAUACAGAUAAAAAAUUGAUUCAAAGAAAAUUAAGAAUAUAUCAGUGGGUUAAGAAAUAUGUUCAAAAUGAUUUAAUACAAAAGUUUUAUUUUUAUUCUUAUUCAAAAAAUAUUAAAUUAUAUGAUAACUGGUAUGAACAUAUAUUAUCUAUAUAUGAAGAAAAAUUUAAAGAAUAUGUUCCCAAAUUAAAAAAAUAUAUUGAAAUUGGUAAUGGAUAUAAAAGUAUUAAUAUGUGUCACAAAAACUUUUCAUAUAUAUAUGAUUUAGUUUUACUUUUAUAUUUUCUUAAAAUAUCAUUUUUAUAUUUAAAUGAACAUAUUAAUUUUGUUGUUCAUUUAUCUUUAUACACUUUAUAUAAAAGCAUCAAAAUUUUUGUCAUAUAUUUAUAUUUUAAUCUUCCCAAGUCUAUGUGUCAUUACUUUUUAAAUAUUUAUCUCAUGUUUUUUAAGAAUAAAAAUAUGAAAGCUAAUAAUGUAUUUAGUAAAAUGAAAUGUACAUAUAAAAAUAUAAUGAAUCAUAUUUAUGCACACAGAAAUUUCUUAUAUAUCAAUGGAAAAUUAAACUCUCAUAAAAAAACAACAAAUCUUCCUAUUCUUUUGAGACAAGGAAAUUUAAACAGUAAUAUGAUUCAAUGUGAAGAGAAUGAAAACAAUCAAAUGUCAAAAAAUGAUUGUAUAGAAAAUUUAAACAAACCAAAAAAUACACAGAAUUGUAUUAUUGAUAGUCAAAAUGAUGGAAAUUCCAAAAAAUUGAAAAUUCUCCUGAACAGUUCAGAAAAAAAAAAAUAUGGAAAAAUAUUAAAUUUGACAUAUUUUGAUAUAAAUGAAUAUGAUGGAAAGGAUAUUAAAAAUGAAAGUGAAUUAAAAAAAUUUUUGACAUAUCAUUUUUAUGGAUCUAUAAUACAAUUGAAAUAUAAUAACGAAAUUUUUCUGCGGAGGAAAAAGUAUAGGAAUGAAAAGGAAAAUAAAAUAAAUAGUGUAAAAAGAAAAAGAAGUAAAUAUAUAAAAGGGAUUAAAAAAAAUGAACAGAGGGAAAUUAACAAAAUGGUCAAAAUGGGCAAAAUGGACAAAAUGGGCAAAAUGGGCAAAAUGUACAAAAUGGUCAAAAUGAACAAAAUGGACAAAAUCAACAAAAUGGACAAAAUCAACAAAAUGAAUGGUUUUUUUUAUCCUAGGAAAAUUCAAAAUAAAAAGAGACAAAUAUUAUUAUAUAAUGUGUUGAUAAAUAAUACAAAAGGAUUAUCAAUGUAUAUGAAUAAUAAACAGAAGGAUGAUCAAAAAUGUUUUAUACAUGGUGUAUUGAAAAAAAGUGAUAUUAUAAAAAAGUGUAAUAUAAAUAUUCAUAUAAAUGAUGAGAAUAACAUGAAUACACCUAAUGAUAACAUUAAUUUUUGUAAUAAAAAAAUUAUUAAUAAAUUAUUUGAAACUAUAUUGUAUAAUAUAAUAAAUAAGGAAAAUCAUAUGAUUGAUGUAAAUCAAAAGGAAGAGAAUAUAUUUUUAUCAGAUAUAAAAGUAAAUGAUGAAAAUGAAACAUAUAAUUAUGUUAAUAGGAGUCCCUUAAAGGAAUAUAAUAAUGAUAUGAAGGAUGAGUGUAGCAACCAAAACGAAGUUGAUAUAUGUAAUGAGGAAAGUGUAGAUCAUGAUGUGGGGACUGUAUAUAAGGAUGAAAAUAAAGGAGAUGAAAAUAAAGACGAUGAAAAUAAAGACAAUGAAAAUAAAGACGAUGAAAAUAAAGAAGAUGAAAAUAAAGACGAUAAAAAUAAAGACCAUGAAAAUAACGAGCAAAAUGACAAUGAUGAAGUUAAUAAUUAUCAAAAUGACAAUGAUGAUGUUAAUAAUUAUCAAAAUAGCGAGUAUAUAAAUAAGGAGGAAGAAAAUAUAAUUGAACAAAAUGAAAUCGAACCAACCAAUAACGAAAUAAAUAAAAUUGAAGAAAACGAAAAUAUGGAUUACAAUGAUUUAAUUAUUCAAGAAGAAGAAAAUAAUAAAGAUAUAGCAAUAUCUGUUAAGGAUAAUAUGGAAAAAGAUACUUGUCCCAGUGAUGAAAAUAUUUCAGUCAAUGAUGAAGCUGAUGUUAAUAAAUUAUCAAAAAAUGUGUUGAAGGAAAAAUAUCUUAAUGAAAAUAAUAACAUAAAAUAUGAUUUAAAAAGUAAGAAAAAUGAUUGUGUUGGAAAAUAUAAAAUAUAUUUUAGUGAUGAAUCCACAAGUUCUGAAAAUACAACCGAUGAUUAUGAGUAUUAUAUGAAAACAAGAAAUAAAUCCAAACCAAAAAUUAAAGGGAAAAAAGAUAAGAAAAAGAAAGAAAAUGUAAAGAAUAAGAAAAAAAAUAAUGAUGAUAAUGUAUAUAAGAAUAAAUCAAAUUCAAAGAACAAACAAGUUGAUGAAAAUGAUAAAAAUAAUAAAAAAGAUAAUAAAGUAAUAAAUACAAAAGAAACAAAUAUUCCAAAAUAUAACACUAUUGAAAGUAAAAAUACAAUAGCUAGUAUAAAUGAAAAAACAUGUAAUGAAUUUAUAAAAGAUACAAAUGAAUCUUUGAAUAUUAAAAAUAACGAUACUAGUGAUAAUAUUAUGAAAAAUAAAAUGGAUCAUAAAAAUAUUAAUAUUGAUGACGAAUACGAUUUAAAAGAAUAUGAAGAAGAUGGUAUUAAUAAAAAUAACAAAAGCGUAGAAAACAUAAAAAUAAAUACAUUUAACCAUUCAAAAGAAUCUAUGUUGGAAGAACAAGAAAUAAUUGGUAAUAACAAAAAGGUUUAUAGAAAGAUUCAAACUUUAAAAUCAAAAAGUAGUAAAAAAUUAAUUUUCAAUUUGUCAUUAAGUGAAAAUGAAGAAUCGUCAUUAAUAAUAGAAAGUUUGGAUAAUAAUAUACAAGAAACAAGGGAAAUGAAGGAGUUCCAAGAAAUAAAUGUUGAUAGUAUGGAUGAAGAAUGGGAUAAAAAAAAACAAAACGGGUCACUAAAAGGUGAUAAUAAUAAUAAUAAUAUGAUACAUUUGAAAGAAAAGGUUUAUCAUGUUGAUAUAGAUGAUAAGAGAGGAGAAUAUGAUAAUAUAUUAAAAGAACAAGAUAAAUUAAAAGUGGGAUAUCAUGAUAUAUAUAAUAAUAAUGAAGGAAUAGAGAAACCUUUUAUAGAUACUUGUGAAAUAUAUAUUAAAGAAAAUGUAUUGAAUAAUACACAGAAGAAAUUAAAUUUAAUGAAUAUUUAUCAUAAAUUCAAGUUAGGUAUUAUAUAUUUAUUUGAUCAUUAUAUAAUAGGAGGUAUUAAUUUAAUAAACCCUUAUAACAGUAUUGAAAAUGAAAGAUAUACACAUUUUGCAUGUAUACAAUCUAAUAUAAAUGAUAUGGAUCAUACUAAAAUAUUUAGAUACAACGAAAAAGAAUUAAUCAUGUCUUUUAAAAAAAAUUCAGAAAUAUCUUUAUUAAGUGAUAAGAAUGAAAAAAGAAUAAUGAAAAUUUUAUGUAAAAAUGGAAAAGGAUUAAAUGGUUCCAUUUUUAAAUGUACUAUUAAUAACAAAUUAUUUGCAUGCAAAGUACAACAUAAAUUACAUUUGGCAAAAAAAGAAAUAUACUUUUCAUAUUUAUUAAAAGUAAGGAAAACUAAUAAAAUAAAUAAGUACACAAAAUAUAAUAAUAUAGAUUAUUCAGGAAGGCAACUCUUUUAUGAAAUUUAUGAGAAGGAAAAUAGAUAUAUAUUUCCUGACGAACUACAUUAUAAAUAUAGCUCGGAUAAAAAAAACAAGGGUAUUUCAAAAGAGAGAUAUAAUGAGAAUGAGAAUGAGAAUAAGAAGAAUAACAGAAAUAUACACAAUAUAUACAAUAUGAAUGAUAAUAAUAAUAGUAAUGAUAGUGAUGAUAAUGUUAAUUAUAUUGAUAAUGUUAAUGAAAAGAAUAAUAAGAGUGAGAAAAAAGUCAAGCAAUUAAAAAAUGAGAACAGAAAAAAAGAACCAGUGAAAGAAAAAAGAAACAUGUCCAUUUUAAUUAUGAAUACACACACUAACGUUAUAACAUUAAAUGAAUUAAUAAAUUAUUUUAUUAAGAAAAAUCAUAAGAGUGUAAAUGAAGAAUUAAUUUUAUUUAUUAUGUAUCAAAUAAUUGUAUCUAUACUUCAAUUACAUUUUUUAGAUGUAUUACAUGGAGAUGUGAAAAUUGAUAAUAUUUUAGUGAGCAAAAAUGAAGAUUUAUGUAAUAGAGAAGGGAGAAGAAAAGCAAAAAAAAGAUAUAAUUAUGAAUAUAAUAAAAAUAAAAAAGGAAAUGUUAAUUGUAAAACUAAGGAACGAGAAAGGAAAGAAGAAAAAGAACAUUCAAAUGAUUAUAAAAAUAGUUUUGAUUUUAAUAAUUUGUAUAAAAAUAAUAAAUAUUUAGGUAAAGACAAAUUAAAUAAUUAUAAUAAAGAGGAUAGUUUUUUAAAAACUACGAAUUUCCCCUUGAAUCUUUUUUUAAUAGAUAUUGGUAGAGGUAUAGAUAUGAAAAAUUUUAAAAAGUAUCUUUUUUAUGGUGAAAAGCAUUGUGAUUGUUAUAGCUUUUUAAAUGAUUCAAUUUAUAAUUAUCAUAUUGAUUUUAUUGGUAUUGCACAAAUAGCUAGCUGCCUUUUAUUUUACAAGCAUAUAGGUAAUACAAAAUACAGAUAUGAAAGGACAUUGAAUGAUAAGCAUAAUAUAACAGUAAAUAAUUUGGGUAUAACCUAUUCAACCCACAAUAAUCAUUUUAAUAAUACAAGUGGUCGUAAUACAUAUUAUAGAAAAAGAAAAACAAAAGGAAAGGAUGUUGUAAAUGAUGAAGAGAAAUAUAAGAGUAGUAAGAAAGAUAAAUAUAAAGAAAUCGAGAACUUUAUAAAGAUUAAAGAAAAGGUAUAUCAAGAGGAGGAUAAUAUGUGUAUAGAGAGUAAAGAUUGUUUUAUGGAUGAAUAUUAUUUAAAUGGUAAUGAAAAGGAUGCAGAGAGGAACAAGCACACAAUGAAUAUGAAAAGUAAUUAUAAGAAUAAUAGUAAUAUUAAGAGUAAGAAUAAAAUAAAACAAAGUAACAAUAUACUUAGUAUAGACCAUUUAAACAGUUUAGAUGAUUUGAAAGAUAUGAAAAAAAAUAAAAAAAAGAAUAAAUGCUCCAAUUUAUAUGAUGAAAAUCAUGAUAAGGAAAAUAUAUAUCUUAUAGAUUAUUCUAAAAUAUUAUCCAUUGAUAAGAGAAAUAAAGAAAAGAUUUCAUAUUAUUUAGAUAAAAUAAAAAAACAGUCUGACAAUUAUUUUGUUGAGAAGGAUAAUGAAAAUAAAAUAAAAAAUUUCUAUACAAAAUUUAUGUUAAAAAGAAAAAAGUACGCAGAAUUUUGGGAUAUGUUUUUUCAUAUUUUAUUAAAUUUUUGUAAUGUAUAUGAAUUAAAUCAUGUACGAUAUAAUUCAAAUGAAGAUAUUGUGACUAACAAUACAGAUGAUGAUUUGUAUGUUCAUAAAUUAAUAAAUAAAACAGAGAAUUAUUAUUUUGAUUUUAAGAAAAAUAAUUGGCAAGAAAUUCAUAAGAGUCCUCAAAGAAAUGAUUCCAAUAUAUGUAAUGAUGAUAAUAAAAAUAUCAUUAAUUUAUCUGAUAGAUGUUAUAGUAAUAUACCAUAUGAAAAUAAGUCAACUAAUUUAUAUUAUAUGGAUAGAAAAGAAAAUGAAAAAUCCAAAAAUAUAAUAAAUAAUCAAGAUUAUAAAGAUGUAAUAUUAUCAACAAAUAAAAAUAUUCAAACAAAACAUCAAAAAGAACACAUUAAAUCAUAUGAAAACAAUGAUUUAAUAAAUAAUGAUACUAAUAAAUUAUCGAUUUUUAAAAAAGAAAAUUGUAAAAAUACAAUACUAAGAAAACAUGUACAAGGACAUAAUUUAAAUAGCUUAGGAAAAAAUAGCAAAUAUUUUUUUAUAAAAAAUUCCAUAUCAAAUUUUAAAUGUAUAAGGAAAAGCUUGUAUAAAAAUAAAUAUGAAAAAAAAAAUAAGGAUCAAAAUAAAGAUGAAAUGAAAAAUAAUAAAACUAUACAUCCUCCUGAAGAAAAUACACACAAUGGAAGAUUGAAAAGAAAAAUCAUAUUUUUUGAGAACGAACAAAAUAAAAGAAAAUGUAGAAAAUUAAAUAAUCAAAAUCAAUAUUAUAAUAAUGAAUAUAAAUAUAACGAAUAUAAGAGAUCUACAAGAUAUAUUAAUAAACUCAUGAAAAAAAAAGCAAUCUUUAUUCUUCUAAAUUUAAAAAGAUCUAUUGAGCGAAUAUUUGAUGAAGACGAAGAGAGGCAAACAAUUUUGUUAAACGAACUUUAUAACGCUUCUACUUUUUUUUAA